AUGAAUGAACAAUUUCAAUUAAAAUUAUUUUCAAUUCCAAAUAUUUAUUUAAUAUUUAUUCACCAAUUACUAUUUAUUAUUUUUUUAUUUCCAUCAUUUACUAUUAAUUUAACACCACCAAUUAAUUUAAAUAAAAAUUGUUCUUUAAAAAAUAAUAAUUCUUUUUUGGAAUGUUUUUCUUUAAAUGAUUUAAAUAAUUAUUUUAAUUUAAAUAAAAAUAAUUCUCAACAAAUUAAUCAAUUAAAAUUAAAUUGUUUGGAAAAUAAUCAAACAUUUAAUGAGUUGGAAUUAAUUAAAAAUAUAUCAGAAAUUACAAAAAUUAGUGAUUUAUCUCUACAUAAAUGCACUCAAAAUGUAAUAUUUCAAUUUACAAAUCUUCCAAAAAUUGAAAAACUAAAUCUUAGUGGAAAUGAAUUAAAUGAAUUUAAUUGGCAAGAAUUAAGUUCUUCUAAACUUUCUCUAAUUGAUUUACGUAAUAAUCCAUUAAAUUGUAAUAAAUGUUCAAAUUUUUGGUUACGUAUAAGAAAAAAAGCUUUGAGUAAACAAAUAAUUGAUGGAUGGAAUAUUAGAACAUUAUUCCCAACAAUUCCAGAACGUAUUAUAGCUCCUUCACUAAAUAAAUGCCCAUUUUCUCAAUGUAAAGAGGAAACUGCUAAAUUUGAAGAAAAGAAUCUUUCAAAUUUGAAUUUAGGGGAUAAAUUGGAAUUAAAAUGUAAAUUCAAAACUGACAGAAAUUUAACUUCAGCUUUUUUAAAUAAAAUAUUUAUAUGGCCAUUUAAUCGGAGAGAAGAUGAAGAACAAGGAAAUAAUUCAUUAAAGUUAACAGAAACAAUUCUUUUACCUUCCGAAAAUGCAGCCAUUUUAAAAAUAAAUUCAUUAAAUAAUAUACAUCUCGGACCAAUUGCUUGUCGUUGUUUGCAUUGUUCAAUGCCUGGAAUAUUUGAUAUUAAAGAAUUACACUUUCCAGUUCCAUUAACUGUACAUAUUUUGGGUGAAAAAGGAAAGAAAAAAAUUAUUAUUUUGCGUGGUUAUCCAAUUGGGAAAUUUAUUCGAAUGGAGGUCACUCGCAAGGAGGAUAAUAAAACUGAUUCAAUUGAAUUUGGCGGUGAAGAGGAGGUCAAUAGCAAAGGAUUGUUAGAAGGAGGAAGUUAUUCUGGAGAGGAUGUCCAUUUACUCUUCAACAAUUCAUUAACUAUUAAACCAGAAAUUGCUCAUUCUUCUUAUUUUAUUCGUUAUUUUACAAUUUCAAUACACGAAUGUACAAACUGUAAUCAUUCACAAAAAGGAGGGUUUUAUGAUUUUAAUAUUUGUGUUGGAAAGAAUAAAAGUUUUGAUAAUUGUAUUUUAAUUAGUAAUUUAAAUAUUGUGCCACCAGAAUAUCCGAUUUCUAAUAUAAAGUUAUUUACUGGCAAAAAUGCUCAUAAUUCAUCUUCUCCAUCCUUUCUAAGUAUUUUACUUUCAAUACCUCCAAUUUUAUUUAUUGUCGGUGUUUUUACAAUUUGUGGGCGAACUAUUUGGAAAUUUAAACAGCGAAUUGAAAUUAGAGAAAAAUUAAAAAGAAAAAAUUUUCGUCGAGGAAGUCGAAAUACGCAAAGAACUGAAGAAACAAGUAUCCCAUUAGAUACAAUGUCAAGAACUCUUUCACUUUCUAAUUAUAUUCAAAGUCAAUUACAUUUACCUCUAAUUUCUGAAGAUGAUUUACAGUUAAACGAAUGUAUUGGAAAGGGUGCAUUUGGCGAAGUUUAUAUUGCUAAAUGGAGAUACAAAAAAUUAUUAUCAACAAAAACAAUAGAAGAAAAAGAAGAAGAAAAUCACCCAAUGAUUAACAAUAUUUCUUUAAAAGAAAAUACUAAUAAAAAUAUUUUUGAAGAAAAAAAAGUAGCAAUAAAAAUGUUAAUAAAUAUACAAAUAGAUGCAGAAAUGGAAAGAGAAGCAGCUUUAUUAGCUAAUUUAGAACAUCCUAACGUUUUAAAAAUGUUUGGGGUUGCACAAUGGAGAGGACAAGUUGCUCUAGUCUUAGAAUUGAUGAGUUUAGGGGAUUUACGUAAUUAUUUAUAUAAUAGAAAGCCUUGUUGUACUAGCUAUACACAAUUUCCUCCACCUUUAAUAAAUGAUGAAUUAAUUGAUAUUUGUAUACAGAUAACUGAAGGUCUUUGUUACCUUGCUGGCCAACAAAUAGUUCACAGAGAUUUAGCUGCCCGUAAUUGCCUUGUUUCUGGGGAGUCUGAUAUGAGAUGUAGUUCUGCAGCUUUUCGACCCCCAAUUUGUGUUAAAAUUGGUGAUUUUGGUAUGUCAAGAAGAUUAUAUGCUUCUGCUGAUUAUUACAAAAUGCAGGACAGACGAAAGGCUUUACCUGUUCGUUGGAUGGCACCUGAAUGUCUUUCUAAUGGAAAGUUUACUUCACAGUCUGAUAUUUGGUCGUUAGGAGUACUUUUCUUUGAGAUUUUUUCUUUUGGUUCAAAACCUUUCGAUCCACUUAAAGAUGAUGAAGUUAUUAUAGCUGUUCUAAGUGGAAUGAGGCCUAAAGUGCCCGAAAAAUGUAAACCAGAAUUGGCAGAUCUAAUGAAGGAAUGUUGGCACAGAAAUCCACAAAAACGUCUUUCGGUUGUAGAAGUACUUCAAAGACUGAAAAAAUUCAGAAUUGGACAAGUAGAAACACCAAAAGAAAAUGGGACGGGGAUGGUAAUAAAUUCGUUAUUAAAUUACAAUUAAUUUAUAACACUUGCUUCUUUAAUUUAAAAAUAUUUUCUAAAAAAUAUUUGGAAAAGUAUUUUGAAUUUUUAAAUUUUUAUAUUAAAAUUUGGACUUUAAAUUCUU